AUGGUGGCCGUCUUCGCCGUGGUGACGGCGCCAUCAUGGGCCCUGCCCAUCUCAGAGUUUCUGGAGAACGGAGUCCUCCCCAUGGACGAGACCGAAGCCCGGCAAGUGCAGCGCCGGGCGUCCGCCUACAAUAUCAUCAACAAUGAGCUCGGCGAGUGCGGGCACCACGCCGCCUCGCGGUCCCUGGUGGCCAAGGCCUUCCGCCAUGGUUUCUACAGGCCCACGGCCCUCGAAGACGCCGAGUCACUCGUCCUCAAGUGUGAGGGAUGCCAGCGCUUCAGCAAGCGCAGCCACCAGCCGGCGUCGGUGCUCCGGACCAUCCCAAUCGCCUGGCCCUUCGCGGUCUGGGGACUCGACAUGGUGGGGCCCUUCAAGACCGCUUGA